AUGAAGGCGUUACGUAUUCACGGCAAAGAGGACCUUCGAUUGGAGGACAUUGAUACUCCACAAUGUAGUGACGGCCAGAUUAUGAUCAAGCCAGCUUGGUGCGGCAUUUGUGGCACUGAUCUUCACGAGUAUAUGGGCGGUCCUUCGUUAUGCCCGACUACGCCACAUCCUAUCACGAACGAGACUGUUCCAUUGACUAUUGGUCAUGAAUUCAGUGGUGUUAUUGAAGAGCUUGGAGAGGGCGUCUCGGACAAAUACACGGUUGGACAAAGAGUUGUUGUACAGCCAAUCAUCUAUUGUGGAGAGUGCGGCUCUUGCAAGGAUGGCAUUCCGAAUUGCUGUGAUAAGAAUGGAUUUGUGGGACUUUCCGGCUGGGGAGGAGGUUUGGCCGAGCAUAUCGUGGUUCCAGAGUACUGUGUAGUACCUGUGCCUGAUAACGUGUCCCUAGAAAUAGCCGCUUUAGUUGAACCCCUCGCUGUGGCAUGGCAUGCUGUAAACAUGAGCCCAUUGAAGGACUUCAAGAAAGGUCAAUUUGCAUUGAUUCUUGGAGGAGGGCCCAUAGGACUUUCUGUAAUCCAAGCUCUUAAGGCCCAUGGUGAUGGUACCAUCAUUGUUUCGGAAGUUUCGACCAAACGCAAGGCUUUUGCCCGAGAAUUUGGCGCUGACUUUAUCUUGGACCCAACGAAGGACGAUAUUCCGGAGCGAUGCAAGGAAAUUUGCGGAGGUGUUCGAGGUGUGGAUUGCGUACUAGAUGCGGCAGGCGUGCAGAAUGGUCUGGAUGCUGCAGUGCUCGCUAUGAGAGCUCGUGGUACUUUGGUCAACAUCGCAAUCUGGGAGAAAGACGCAAGAAUCAUUCCUAAUCAAUUCGUUUUCCGUGAGAAAAUAUACAAGGGUGUCGCUACAUAUGUCCUCGGAGACUUCGACGAAGUUCUUGAAGCGAUCAGUUCUGGCAGAAUGAAACCAGAGAAGAUGAUCACCAAAAAGGUCGAGCUCAAAGACGUGAUCGAGGAAGGUUUCUUGACCUUGCUCAAAGACAAAGACAAUCAUGUCAAAGUUUUGAUCAAGUCAAAUAAUGUCGAAUAA